GCCGGCGGCGGCCGAGCCCCCCCUGCAGCGCGGCGUCCCGGCAGCGCCCCCGCCCGCAGCCCACCUGCCGCCACCGCCCCCCGGGCGCCAAUCGCCGCUCUCGGCCGCGCGCUUUAAAUAUGCAGCGCAGACGUCAUCCGCGAAGGUGGAUCGCGGGGCCGCGGCCGGGGCCGGGGCCGCCCGGUAUAAAUCCCGCCGAGCGGGAAUGGUUAAAAAGAGCCCGCGGCGCCUGCACCGGACGGGACGGGACGGGCGGCGGCGGCUGCUGCUGCACGAGGCCCGCGGCUGCCGACGGGGCGUCCUAUGGUCGCCGCUGAAGCCCCGCGGAGCCGCCUCUGCGCCCGGGGCCGCCCGCACCGCUGAGCAGGACCCGCGGCCGGGCGAGGACGCCGCGAUGCGGGCGGCGGGGCUCGGCGCCUGGCCCUCGCUCUGGCCCUUGCUGGAGGCCGCGGCCGCCGCGCUCCUGGCUCUGGCGCUCCUGCUCGCCGUCUCCCGCCACCUGUGGACGCUGCGCUGGAGCCUGAGCCGGGACGGGGCCAGCGCGCUGCCGCUGCCGCGCGGCUCCAUGGGCUGGCCCUUCUUCGGCGAGACGCUGCACUGGCUGCUCCAGGGCUCCCGCUUCCACAGCUCCCGGCGCCGGCGCUACGGGCGCGUGUUCAAGACGCACCUGCUGGGGCGGCCCGUGAUCCGGGUGAGCGGCGCCGACAACGUGCGCAAGCUGCUGCUGGGCGAGCACAGCCUGGUCCGCACCCAGUGGCCCCGCAGCGCCCAUAUCCUGCUGGGCCCGCACACACUGCUGAGCGCCAGCGGGGACGUGCACCGCACCCGCAGGAAGAUCCUGGCCCGAGUGUUCAGCCGCGCCGCCCUGGAGAGCUACCUGCCGCGGAUCCAGCAGGCCGUGAGUUGCGAGCUGCGGGGCUGGUGCCGCGAACCCGGUUCCAUCGCGGUCUACGCCUCCGCCAAAAGCUUGACUUUCCGCAUUGCAGCUCGGAUCCUGCUGGGGCUGAAUCUGGAGGAGGGGCAGCUCAAGGACCUGGCCCAAACCUUCGAGCAGCUGGUGGACAACCUGUUCUCCCUGCCUCUCAACAUCCCCUUCAGUGGGCUGCGCAAGGGGAUCAAAGCUCGGGACAUGUUGCAUGACUACAUGGAGAAGGCUAUACAGGAAAAACUGCAAAGGAAUGAUUCAGAAGGUCACAGUGAUGCUUUGGAUAUCAUAAUAAACAGUGCCAAGGAGCAUGACAAAGAAUUCACCAUGCAGGAGCUGAAGGAGUCAGCAAUUGAGUUGAUAUUUGCUGCUUUCUUCACCACUGCUAGUGCCAGCACUUCCCUGAUUCUUCUGCUACUCAAGCACCCCUCAGCAAUAGAAAAAAUAAGACAGGAAUUGGUGGACUGUGAGUUGUCUAGGCAGUGUCAUUGCUAUUCACCUGUAAUCUCCCAAAAUAAUAAUCCCUACCUUGAACCUUGCCAAACACCACUGAUAAUCCAUGAGAAAGAAAGGAAGCCUAAUGACUGUCAGCAGCAUCACCUCUCCACAACAGAAGGAACCCAGAAAAAUGGUGACCUACAACCAGACCUGAAGGCAAAGGAGGUAGAGGAUGGCUCCUCUCUGCAGCCCCUGCUUCUUGAGGAGUCCAGCCUCACCAGAAUGACACAAAAAGCAAUGUGUUUGAAUACAGACUCCUCUUAUGCAGACCACCAGCCAGGGAAAGGUGGCCAGCUGCCCAACAGGCUCCAGCUGCCCACAGGGCCUGUGACCCCAGGACGUGAGUGUGAUUGUCAGCCUUAUAUGAACUUGGAGAAAUUGAGCCGCCUGCGCUACUUGGACUGUGUGAUUAAGGAGGUCCUCCGAUUGCUACCCCCUGUCUCUGGAGGCUACAGAACUGCGCUACAGACCUUUGAGCUGGAUGGCUACCAGAUCCCCAAGGGCUGGAGCGUGAUGUACAGCAUCCGGGACACGCACGAGACCGCGGCCGUGUACCAGAGCCCGCCCGACGCCUUCGACCCGGACCGCUUCGCCUCGGCCCGGCAGGACGAGGGCCAGGCGGCGGGGCGCUUCCACUACAUCCCCUUCGGCGGCGGCGUGCGGAGCUGCAUCGGCAAGGAGCUGGCGCAGGCGAUCCUCAAGCUACUGGCUAUCGAGCUGGUCAGCACGGCGCGCUGGGAGCUGGCCACGCCCGGCUUCCCGGAGAUGCAGACGGUGCCCAUCGUGCACCCGGUGGAUGGGCUGCAGCUCUACUUCCGCCCCUUGCGGGCCGGCGCCGCCAGCCCCGGGGCCCGCCACGCCUGAGGCGGCCCCCGCCGGCCCGUGCGCAGCCCCGGGGCCGAGUUUGACUCAGCCCCGGGGGCUGGUGCGGGGGCACCUUGUGCCCCGGCUUUCUAGAACCGUAGAAAGAGGCGCGGAAGGAGCCCGCCCAGCUGCCGGGGCGCCCGAGCCCCCGGGUCUGAGCUCUGCGGCCGUCGGGGGAGCUCCGUGCCCGGCCUGGGGGCAGACGCUGCUGUAGGAGCGGGGCUGCGUCGGGCGGGCUCUCGGUGCCACUCUGCCCUUAGCGCGGGGCUGAAACCUGUCGGGGGGGAGAGGAGCUGUCGGGGCUCGGCAGGGAGGGGAACCUUUU